CGAUCGUGCUGUCUGUGAUGCGUUUUUUCCCUUCGUGCGUUUUUGUCGUGCAACCAGAAUGUCAACGUGAGAAGUUUUUUUUCGGCACUGCAACGAAGAUGAACAGUGCGCGUUAUACUCUUUGCCCUGUCUUCCUUCCAGGUGGUCGUGAUUGAAAACCUCGGCCUUAUUUCAGAAUUCCUUGUUGACCCACGAAGAACAUAAAUUACCCCGUACUAAGAUUUAGAAAACAUAAACAACCAGAAGGACGAAAAAUACUAAACAACAAGUCUAGAACCACUAGAAAGAACAACCGAACUCGAUUCAUUGCUCCAUUGCCUAGGAAGUAAGUAGAAGAAAGAAGAACUACAAGCUUCCCAAACCAGCAAAAAAAUGUCCGUCGAAGGUUCAGUGUUUGGCGGGCGUUUCGCCUCCCAGCCGGCGCCCCGGGCUACUACUUCCCAACAACAGCCCCUGAUCCUGAACCCGCCCACGCAGGUCGGCACCGCCGCCGGGCAACCAGGGGCGGGCCAGCAGUUUGUGCAGCAACCGGGGCUGACUUCCCUUUACGACCGCCAGUACAUCACGUUGCACAAUUUGUUGGAGCGGGAGAUGCGGCAGCGGGUCGAGAGCGAGAAGAUGAUCCGCGACGACAUGACCUCCAUGCAGGAGGGCUUGGCCAGGUGUACCAACCAGAUCCACGAGGUGUCCACCGACCUCCGCGGGAAUCUCCCUCGCCUGUACCAGGAGUGCAAGGAGCUGAGGCAGGACUGCAAGGCGCUGACGCAGGCGUUUAACGCGCAUUCCAUGGAACUGGCGAAACUGAACGAGAUCAUCGCCGAAAACAAGUCGGAGACCCUGAUGCGAUUCGAAAAGAACGAGCAAAAUAUGCAUUUGUAAAUAUGUCUGGGUCUAGAAGGAUCAUGCGAAGAUGAGCAAACUUCUCAUGCGCAUUCCACAACGCUGCACGCAAAUCUCUCAUGCAUAGGCAGCAAAAGAUGCCCAAGCCCAUUUCCUGUCACCAAAAUGGGGGAUUUGUCAUGCGGAUUAGGCAAAAAUGCGGAAGCGUCUCGAAUAAAUCUGUGAUGCUAGGGCCGCUGCCAUGACAGACCUUCUGUGUCAUGCAAAAUAGACAGCAUGACUUGUUCCAGAGAACCCAGACAUAUUUGCAUUUGAUACAAAAAGCGGAGGAGCGAUUGAUGUACGACAGACAGGAGAAAACCGACCAGUGGGCCAAACUGUGCACGAAACAGGUACUUACUUCUUAUGCUGGAGAUGGCUUGUUUUGUUGAUCAUGGUCGUUUCAAUCUUCCUCUUCGUUAUAGUACCGGCGAACCCCGACAAAAAUUUUCAGUUACUACCUUUCUACCUCAUGAGGUGAAGUUCAACUUUUUUCGAGUAAAAAUGUCUGAAAGUAGCAGGCUGAAGUUUCAUCUCAGCUGCUGAAAUUGACAUCGUAUUCGUACUAUGAGUAUGAAAUGCAAAAGCAUCGUAAUAGUAGAAAUCGCAUUACAAAUUGUCUCAGCAUUAGAAAUGGAAUUUGUAAUGCGCAUUUGCCUUAUUAAUAAAAAGAUUUGUAAUGCACGACUGCGAUGAAUAACCGUACACAAAUAAAAAUUUAUCAGGUCGUGCAAGAGCUCGCUGACAAAGUGGGUUGCAUGGACAUGGAAGCGCACGCAAAGUUUCUGGAGCGGAUAUGACAGUGCACAACAACUCCCCCUCCCUCUCAUUUGUGUUGCAUGAACAGCAAUACAAACGCCCACACAUCAUGUGGAGCCUGUGCAUGACAAGUUCAUGCACGUAGUGCGUACUUUUUACUGUAAGUAUGGAGGCCGCUUCAUCCGGAAUCUGUCAUGCAAACAGUACCACAUGGCAGCGCUUGGAUUUGGCAUUUUGCAUGACAAAUGAGGGGGAUGGAGAAUUCUCCACUCUCAUAGCGCAAACAGGAGUACGAGGAGGCGAUCCAACAGGUGAAAUCCAUGGAGGAGAAGGUUAACAAAUCCCUGGAAGAAUUUCUUCGCGGCAUCAACAAGUGCGACUACCUCUACUCCCAGUGCAACCAGAGCAACAACGAAUUUCAGAAGGCCUGUUCCGAUAUCCUGUGCAAAAGUAUCGUACUCGUAUAAAUGCAGGUCUUGCAUUACAAAUCUUGUUCCCAAGGCAAAUCUGCAUUACAAAUUUUAUUUCUCAUACUGAGGAAAUUUGUAAUGCAUUUAUACGAGUACGAUACUUUUGCAGUUCAUAUCCGAAGUCACAGAACAGCACAGAAACAUGAUCGACGAUAUCGUGUUCCCGAGGAUUGAGAGGUAUAUGAUAUAAAUUUCUCAUGCAGGGACAAGCAUAGCUCGACCUUUUUGUCAUGCUCUUUUACUAAAGUGCUGCUAGUUGUUCAUCAUUCUGUCUCUGUGUCGGCACCGUUGACCACGUGUUUUAAAGGUAGAACAAGAAUCUGUAUCUGUGAUAAGCAAAUUGCAAUACAAAUUGGCCUAGCAUCACAAAAGUAAAUUUGUAAUGCUGGUGAUUUGCCUUAAGAAAGAAAUUUGUAAUGCAUAAAAUGCAAAACUCGUUCCCAUCGCCAUCGCUAUCACGAUCUGACACAGGUGCGAGGCGCUUUUGAACCAAGAGAUGUGCGAGCGGGUGGACUGUCUGAAGAAGAUUGCCCACGAGUUAGUCCAUAUGCACUGCAAAAGCAUGGUACUAGUAUAAAUCGCAUGACAAAUAAUUUCCUCAGGCUCAGCAUGGGAACUAAAAUUUGUAAUGCGGGUUCAACUUAACGAAGAAAUUUGUAAUGCAGAAAUGCGAUAAUUAGUACGAGUACGAUACUUUUGCAAUGCAUAGUCCACUCCAAGGAGCAGAAUGACCGGGUGAAGGACCAGGUCGAGAGGCUAGCGGUGGACUUGUCAACGAGCCAGGCCGCACGGAUGGGUAUGGACGCCGGAUCGGCGAUGAUGUCCCCGGGCAAUAUGGGCGGGGGGAACAACAUGCAGGGAACGACCAACGGGGCUUUGCUGGACAGAAGUAGUGCCAGGAUCACGCAAGCGCAGGGACAGCAGGUACUAGAGUGAGCGAAGUUUUUUUACCAUCACAUAUUAAUGUUUGUAGUACGGCUAGUACGAUGAUCGACGUUCCCGUUUGUUGUUCGUGUAUCAGCCUUGAUUUUUUGCGUGUCACGACAAAACUUUUUUCGAUAUAUAUGCAUAUGGUGCAUCAGAACUUCAUCUCUUACUCUUUCUGUUCCAUUCGGAUCAUUCAUUUCUUCCCAUUAUCAAAACUCCAGUUCCUUACGCCCCGCCAAUCUCCGAUGUUGAGGCCAUCCGUCGGCGCCGCUACCGCCGGCGCACAGAUGGGCAGUGUCGUGAUCGGAGGGAAGAUUUACCCGCCGGGAACGAGAGUGGUGCAGCAGUAAGUAGGCAGAGGCAUGCGUUGUGUACCGAUCGGUAGGGUUUGAAGAGACUGAAAGUACUUGCUCUUGCCCCGUUUUGAUGCAUUGAUGUAUACCAGUUUGCUUUUGUUCAGUAGAAGGUCAAAGUAUUCUUGUUUUUCAGAUCUUACGUGGUCUCUUUGCAUGUUGCUGUACACCAGUUUCUGUUUUUUGUGGUUGUAUGAUUCGUUUUGUGUUUCAAAUUCAAAUUAACCCAGUUCAAAUUUCAGAAGUAACCAAGCCCAGAGGUCAGAGUCAGUUGAGAUGAUUUACGAUUCACACAAUUAAAAAAUCUACCCCGAAUGAUGUCAGUUGAGCAUGUUGUAAAUCGAUAGAAGUCAACAUUCUUUGAGCAAAAAAUAUUCAAACGCUCUCAUCGAGCACAGGUGAAUGAGAAAGAAAUAAGUAUGUGGUUUUUCCGAAGUAGAAAGUAUAGCCUUCUUCGAGCAUUUUCCAUCCCCUCUCUAGCAUUGGCCGGAAUCACGCACGCAAUCAAAGCAUUUUUAUCGCUGUACAUAUGACACACACACGUGGGAAAAUAGAAAUUUCCAUAGACCAAUUGCCUCAUGUCAUUCAGAAAAUGCUUGUAGAAGUUCUAACACGAAAUAAUAUUUUGGUCUUUCCCCGAACCAUGAGCAAUGAUGCCCAUUAAACCCAUGAUCCGCACUACACAUCAAGUUUGGAGCAUAAGAUCGCAACUACAAU